AAACAGCUGAUUUUAGUAAUUUAGUUAGCAUUUUUGCUUUUGUGGGUGUAUUAUUAAAGUUAAUUUACAAAUUAUAGUAAUGUCAAACCCUUUUGGUGAUUUUGAUGAUGACGGUGAAAUUCUUGAGGGCUUUAUAUGUCCCAUCUGCCGCGAGGAUCUUAAAUCUCUGGAGUUUCUCAUUUCCCAUUUCGAAAGACUACAUCCGGAAGAAGAUGACUUGAAAACAACAUUCCGUGAAAUUUUUAGUAAAGCUAAGAAAAAAAUCAAAUCAAAUUUUGAAGAGACUUUCGAUUUAUCACGUAAUAAUGCUUCAAUCAGUUCUCGUGGCAGCAGUACUGCUUCCAAUGCAAUCGCCAAAGAGACCAGUAAUGCCCGAUCUCGUAUGAACUGUUUCAAUUUUAUGGACUAUCAAGAGGUGGGCAAGGAACAACAACACAUGGAAUAUUUUCAGUCUAUGAGAAAUCCUAGAUUGGAACGAUAUGCCAGUGAAACCAAUAAGCUGAUUAUAAGACUGCAUAAAUUGCUAAAAGACAUGCCCAUCGAUGCUGUUCUCAGAAAACAACAUGAGCAAAAUAUUGUUCCUUGGCUAGAUGGCAGUUCAGUCAAACUAUGUCCAAACUGUGCCAAAAGUUUCAACAUCACUAGACGAAAACAUCAUUGCCGAUUAUGUGGUAGUAUUAUGUGCCAUGAUUGUUCCAAGUUUUUGUCGAUUGAAGUUGCAUUGGAACUAGCCAGUCUUACCAUGGCCCAUAGCGAAUCCCUCAAGUCAGAAAACGAUAAAACGGCAUCCACAAACCCCCAACAGAAUGCCCUCCGAACUUGCGACCACUGUUUAUGGUUGCUGGAAACACGACAAGAAAUGCAUGAAAGUCGAACUUCACGGCCACCUAUAAUACAAAUCUACAACGAUAUACAACAAUUGCGAAAAAAUGUCAAGCCUGAUAUCGAAAUGUAUUUGAAAAUAAUAAACAGUUUGUAUGAUGGCGAGUCAAUAUUUACACUCAAUGAUGCAAGUGCCCUGCGUGGCAAAAUUGGCCAAGUCGCCGAGGCCAUAGACAUAUUAAGUAAGCGCAUAUUAGCCAUUCCCUGUGAGCCAGGUACCAGAGAAGAGAGUCUUAAGAAAUCAGUACGAUUAUCUUGUAUACAAUUGAUUAAGGAGAACAUGCUUGCUUUGCCCGUAUUACCGAAAGAAGAUGAAAUUCGUCAGAUACAGGAACGAAAAAGAAUGGAAACAGAAAUGCGUAUAGCUACCGAGAGAAGGCAAGCUAUGGAAGCCUAUGAAAAAUAUGGCUUAGAAGCAGCUGCUUCUGGCCAUAGCCUUAGAACUGAUGAUUAUGCCCAAGGGAUGGAUCUGCAUUCCAUAGACAAUUGGACUGCACAACAAAUCCGAAACGAUGAUCUGGUACAGAGUGACGAUCCCCUUGUAGAACAAAUCAAUAUAAUAAAAGGUUACAUUAAGCAAGCUCGACAAGAUCUUAAUUUUGAAGUAGUUGAAACAUUGGAGAUCAAUUUAAGGGAAUUGCAAAAGGAAUUCUAUGAACGCCAGCGAUCAUUGAGCCGAACAGCAAACACACCCAAUGGGGACAACUCUCCACCAUCCCAAGAAGCCGGUGCAACAGUAUACAAAUAAUUAUUACCUUAAAAAGGGGUAAACAAUUUGAAAGACGUCUAAACAUUUGCUUACAUUGUAAAUAAACAAAAAAUAACUAACGGCCCACAUAA